AUGGAGGAUGUGGAAGUGGAAGUGGCGGAGUGUGCGGAUGCCGAACUCAACCCUUUGGACGCAGCUGCUCCGACGGCAUCCAAAAUGCGCCACUGUGCGCUGGUGGAAUCGCCUUGGAAUGUGUCCGCCCUGUUGGUCCUCUAUCUGCUGAUGGUGCGCUUCGGGCCCAAAUGGGCAGCCAGGUACAAGCCGCUGCAGCUGCGAGUGCCAUUGUUCUGCCACAGUUUGGCCAUGGCCCUGCUGAAUGCCCACAUUUGCCUGGAGCUCUUCACGGCGACCCGGGCCCUCGACUAUAGCUUCAGCUGUCAGCCCUGUUGGGUGAGCUAUAGCCCACAUAAAAUGCGUAUUGCCGCGGCCCUUUGGUGGUUCUACAUCUCAAAAAUACUGGAAUUCGCCGACACGACCUUCCUCAUCCUGCGCCAUAAGUGGAAGCAGCUGAGCUUCCUGCAUAUGUAUCACCACAGCACCAUGCGCCUGUGCUGGGUCUUCGUCAAGUGGAAGCCGACGGGUUCGACCUGUGUUCCGGCCAUGAUGAACUCCUUCGUGCACAUCAUUAUGGACGGCUAUUAUGCGCUGAGUGUCGUGGGCCCUCGUAUCCAGCGGUUCCUGUGGUGGGAGCGCUACUUGACCGCCCUCCAGCUGUUGCAGCUCACCAUAAGCUUGCUCUGGGCAUCGCAACUGGUUAUCCGGGGCUGCGAGUAUGGCACCUGGAUCAGUUUCACGGGAGGCGCCUACAUGCUGGCCUUCCUCUUUCUCUUCGGGCGAUUCUAUGCCCAAAAAUACAGGGUAUCAACUGACACCCAGAAAGUUACGUAA